AAUCAAAUAAAAGCAGCACUUUACUUUAGUAUAUGCAGUGCGGCGAUUAGCAAUAGAAAAUGUUUUCUCUACGUCGUGUGUUCGAUUCUUGCUCCUCGUCAUAUUGCCAUAUCAUUUUUCUUUCACAGAUUACAAUCGACUGCCUCUAACCUUGUCGCAUCUCUGAUUGAGACUUCCUUGCUCUCUCUGGUGUGGUUGAAGCUCGACUACCUGGUUGACUGAUAUAUACAAGUACAAAAUGUUUUUUGAUGGAUAUGGAUAUCAUGGAACGUCAUUUGAGCAAACGUAUCGAUGUUACCCUGCAUCAUUUAUUGAAAAGCCUCAGAUUGAAAGUGGUGAUAAAAUUAUAAUGCCUCCCUCGGCCCUUGAUCGCCUCGCAUCUUUGCAUAUUGAUUAUCCAAUGUUGUUUGAGCUUCGUAAUGAUGCUGCUGAGCGGGUCUCUCAUUGUGGGGUUCUGGAGUUUAUUGCAGAAGAAGGCAUGAUUUAUAUGCCAUACUGGAUGAUGGAGAACCUCCUCUUGCAAGAGGGAGAUAUAGUGCGAGUGAAAAAUGCAACUCUUCCAAAGGGAACAUAUGUUAAAUUACAACCUCACACAAAGGAUUUUCUGGACAUAUCCAAUCCAAAAGCUAUCCUAGAAACAACAUUAAGGAAUUAUUCUUGCUUAACAACUGGAGACAGUAUUAUGGUGGCAUAUAACAACAAAAAGUAUUACAUUGAUAUUAUUGAAACGAGGCCUUCAAAUGCAAUAAGUAUCAUUGAGACAGACUGCGAGGUGGACUUUGCACCUCCACUGGAUUACAAGGAACCUGAAAAACCUGCUCUGCCUAUUACUCAAAGCAAGGCAACUUCUCAAGUUGAAGAGGAUCCUGCUGAGACUGAACCAAAAUUUAGUCCUUUUACUGGAGUAGGGAGACGCUUGGAUGGGAAGCCUUUGAAGCACCAACCUGGGCCAGAGUCUUUACAGGGAUCCAAAGACAAGCAACCAACUGUUGCCAAUGGUAGGGGACAACAUUCUGUGGGAUCUAGUUCAGAAAAUACACGACGACAGUCUCAAGGAAAACUUGUGUUUGGUUCAAAUGUCAGCCGUGCUUCUAAGGAAACACGGAAGGAAGCUGGAAAAGAGGUGAAAGAACAAAGUGAAAAGAAAGAAGAACAAAGUGAAAAGAAAGAAGAACCAAAGUUCCAGCCAUUCACUGGAAAAAAGUACUCUUUGAAGGGUUGAUUGUAUAAUCCGACUAUUUAUACCUUUGACUUGUUAAUGCUUUGCGUAAAAACAGUAGGAAUUAUAUGUUGGUAUGGGAUGUUAUAUUAUUGAAAGAUGGAACUUUAAGUUGCAAUGGGAAGCAACUAGUAACACGCCCUUGUUUGACAUGAUUGUGAAGCUUCAAGUGGAUUUGCAAUUGUGCUGUU